GGUAGAACACCAGUUCCUGAAAUCUAUAAUCUUGCUGGUUCCAUAUUUCAAUGGGCCAAUGAAAGACGGCCAAUGGUGGACAAACAUGGAAACCCCACCCAAUAUGCACACCCAUACAGUAGUUUCUGGGGAAGGCUGCUCGACGCCUCACUAAGAAAGAAGUGAGCUCUCAUCGGCUUUGAAAUUUAUCAGAGACUGAGCCCUGGUGUUGUUUUGAAACAGUAAUAAUUUCAAGUCCACGUAACAUUAUUAUUAGCCUUUAAGUCACACAGUGUAGUAGUGUACCACUGCAGAAACUAUGCACUCC